AUGACUUGUGUCGGAAAUGUGGUUCAGUCCCAGAAUCAUUGGAUCACAUUAUCUCCAGCUUUUCUGUAAUGGCACCAAGGGAAUAUCUAAACAGGCACAAUGCUAUAUGUAAGGAAAGCCACCAAAAUUUUGCAUUCAAGCAUGGAUUGAUCUCUAAAACUUGUCCAAUUUACCAAUAUAAACCCACUACGGUGCUAGAAAACACCAAUUUUCGUAUGUACUGGGAUCGACAAGUUUACACAGAUCGCCCAAUAACACAUAAUAAGCCUAACAACCUACUGGUUGAUAGAAGUAAUGAUUCAGCUUACCUGAUUGAUGUUGCUAUUCCGCAUAAUGGCAACAUUGAGCAGAAGUAUGCAUAAAAGAUGAGUAACUACCAUACAUACCACUGGCUAGGGAAAUCAAAGAAAUUUCGAGACUUCAGCGAGUGAUUGUUGUACUAAUAAUACUAUCAGCCACUAGUAUAGUGCAAAAAUACGUCUUGUUGCAUACAUGUACAAUAGUGAGGGAAACAAUCAACAUUCUUUAGAAGGAGCAACACAAUUUAAUAGGUGUAGAGCAUGGACUACACUUCAACAGUGCAUAAAUUCCUUGAUGCUUGUCAUCCGGAAUUA